AUGUCUGCAGACGAAGAUCCCGUUGUCAACGGCGUCAACGGCGUCAGUGGCCACAAGCAGAGCAAUGGCAGGCGCACGCCCUCCUUGUCCGGCCUUGCUCUGACCGAGUACAGCGCCAACCCGUCGCCGCGCUCGGCCGAUAAGCAGGCUCGCAUCAAGCAGCUCGUUCCCGACCAUUUGCUAUUGCCUAAUGGGCAUCCCGACUAUGUAGGAAUGAUUCUGAACUCCAGAGUAUACGAAGCCUGCAAGCGAACCUCACUUACACCGGCUACGAAUCUCUCCAAUCGACUCGAGUGCAACGUACUGCUCAAGCGCGAAGAUGAACAGCCCGUCUUUAGCUUCAAGUUACGAGGCGCAUACAACAAGAUGGCCCAUCUGGACCCGGAGCAGAGCUGGAAGGGCGUCAUUGCUUGCAGUGCCGGAAACCACGCUCAAGGAGUGGCAUAUUCUGCUCGUCAGCUUAAGAUCCCUGCUACCAUCGUUAUGCCCCAGGGCACACCCAGUAUCAAGCAUUCCAAUGUGUCAAGGUUGGGAGGAACCGUAGUUCUGCAUGGUGCCGACUUUGAUGCUGCCAAGGAGGAGUGUGUUCGGCUCGAGAAGGCUCAUGGGCUUAUCAACAUUCCGCCGUUUGAUGAUCCCUAUGUAAUUGCCGGCCAAGGUACUAUCGGUCUCGAGCUCAUCUCAGAUACCAAUCUCGCCAAGGUCGACGCCAUAUUCUGUUGCGUAGGUGGAGGUGGCCUUAUUGCCGGUAUUGGAGUCUUCAUCAAGCGUGUAGCACCGCACGUCAAGAUCAUUGGUGUCGAGGCCAAUGAUGCCAACGCCAUGGUGCAGUCGCUCGCCAAGGGAGAGCGAGUCUUCCUCAAGGAAGUCGGACUCUUCGCUGAUGGUGCGGCAGUCAAGACUGUUGGUGAGGAGACUUUCCGUAUUUGCCAAGAAGUUGUAGAUGAAGUUGUCCAAGUCACUACCGACGAGACUUGUGCAGCUAUCAAGGAUGUAUUCGAGGACACCCGUUCCAUUGUCGAGCCCGCUGGUGCGUUGGCGCUGGCUGGUUUGAAGAAGUGGGUGAAGGAGAACCCUUCGAGCGAUUCCAACCGCACCGUUAUCGCUGUCACUAGCGGUGCUAACAUGAACUUUGACCGUCUUCGAUUUGUCGCCGAGCGAGCUACUCUGGGCGAGGGCAAAGAGGCUCUUCUGUCCGUCAGCAUCCCUGAACGACCAGGAGCUUUCUCUGAAUUGAUCAACAACAUCAUGCCUCACGCUGUGACGGAGUUUUCUUACCGAUACGCCACAGAUGAGGUCGCCAACGUGCUGGUGGGUAUCUCGCUUACAGCACCGGCGACUGAGCGGGUGAGCGAGCUUCAAUCGCUGAUGGAACGCAUCAACUUGUCGGGCAUGACAGUCACGGAUUUGUCGCAAGACGAACUGGCCAAGUCACAUAUUCGAUACUUGGUCGGCGGGCGAUCCAGUGUAGCUGACGAACGUGUCUACAUGUUUACUUUCCCAGAAAGGCCUGGUGCGCUGCAGAAGUUUUUAAACACUCUGCGAACCAAGUUCAACAUCAGUUUGUUCCAAUAUAGAAAUGGAGGUAGCGAUGUGGGCAAAAUUGUGGCGGGCAUUCAAUGUCCGGACGCUGAGCUAAACGACCUUGAGAAAUUCUUGAAGGAGAUCGGAUACCCGUGGGAGGAUGUUACUGACAAUGCCGCUUUCAAGACGUUCUUAAGAACCUGA